GAGUGACAUGGGUACUGUCCAAUCACGAACACGAAGUGUGGUCCUACCCUUUUCCUGAUUGCAAUUGGACCCUACCCAUGUCACUCACGACUGUUCAUUUCCCGUUUGUACUUUGUUUUUGUGCGAGUGUUAGCGGAGAGAAAUAUAUUAUGUAUUGUCCGUAUUGUGGGAAAAGGUUUCAGUCGCUGCCAAGAUUCUGCGACGAGUGUGGAAAAUCACUGACCUUCUUAAAGGAUAGUGGACAUGAAGAGGACACCACUGGCCCAACUUCAGGUCGAUCAAACGUUAAACUGUAUAGGUUUUUACUUAGAUUUAUGUUUCCGCCGAUAAGCUGCUUCUUCUUCAAUUAAACCUCAUAAAACGUAUAUCGCAAAAAUACAACACACUCUUUUCUCUGUAGCUGCGGCAGCACCUCUGAAUAUGCCAUCCCUCAAAACCUUCCUUGAGUAUAGGAAUAAGAAGUCGGAGGAGAGGCAAAAUUUCUCUUGCCAUAAGAAAAGUACUAAGAAGAAGGAGCAGAAAAAAGUACAGACAAAUAUUGGAGUCAUGUGCUUUCAAGAUGACACCAUGAAAACUGUCAGAGGGAAAACUCUUCCAGUGAUGGUUGAGCCAGACAUUGAUGCCGCUGGGUUGCAUAGGUUGGCGGUCAAGAAGAUGACUGACUUUAAUACGGAUUUGGAUGUUGGCCCCUAUGUCCUCAUUUACCCAGACAGAACCGAAGUCAUUAACAUUCCUGGAACUGCAAAGCCAUUCAUUCUGAAAGAGUAUAAAAAUGAAAUAGGAAAACCAUACAACAGGAUUACUUUUUAUAUAUGUCUUACAGCAGAUUACAACAAAUAUCAACAACAAGAUACAUUGGAUACAGAUGAUGAAGUCCAUGUGAAAACCAAAAGUGUAGCAGAAUUUGAGUGUGCAGACACACUGCCCUGGGAACCCCAUCGUGAAAGUACACCAAAAAACACUGCAGGGAAAAUAAGCAACUUUUCUGGGGCAUCAGACCAGGGAGUAUUGGAUGAGAUAUAUGUUUCAGACACUGAUGACCCAUUAGAGGGUACUUCUGGAGGGAGGAAGAAUACUGCCUUUAGUUUUGCAGAUGCAGCCGUUGCAAAUGUGCCUGCUGUGAAAACCAUGGAUAGCACAUUGUACAGCAAGUACACACAGCUGUACGCUCCUAUUGUAAUUGAAGAUGAUGUGGACGAGAGUCAAGAUUUCAACAUUGUACCUAUAAGCUCUGACCCUGCAAAGAAAGCUGAGGACACGGGAGUCUCUGCAGCCGAAAUUAUUGAAGAAUUAGCAAAUGUCAUAGACCAUACAACUGUCAGCAGAUUCAACAUAACACGCUCAAAUGUUUGGGCUGGAGUG